AUGCCUUGUCAUGUUGAUACAAUUGUAAAAAUAAAUCAAAUUCGUCAAACUUACAAAUAUAAAACUAAAAUAACAAUAUAUGCUACUGGUACUUAUCCUAUUAAAAGCAAAGAUCAUAAACUAGAAAUAGUCUUAUUCAUUCCAAUAAAUGAUGAAGAAAAAGAUCCUAACACACAAUCAGUUUUUGAAAAAAAUGAGUUUUAUUGC